AUGCAACAAGCUCAGUAUUGCAUGUCCAUAAAUAUGACUAUGGCAGUCAUAUUCAUAGCAACUACCCAAAACUAUUUUAACAAAAGCCGUACGUUAACAAGUUAUGCGACCCUCUUAACAAUGUACUUGCCAACAAUGCUUCCAUCAAACCUAUCCGUGACGUCCUCCACGAGCGGCGCGAUGUUCUGCGGCGGCACGGUCGGCUCGUCCAAGCUAGCGUCACCCGGGUCCGUAAACUCGCUUCCGCUAUCUGUGCCCGCGUCAUACGCGACGAGGAAGCCCGCCGCGCUGGGCACGAACGCCCCGCUCCGCGUGCUGAACAGGUUGCGGUUGCUGAUCUGCACGAUCCAGUCCGGCGAGGGCGCGAUCAUAGCGAGCGCGGUCAGGAACGGGUUUGCGCAGUUGACGGACACUCGGAGCGUCGUGGCGUUGCCCGCCAGCGUCGGCCCGUCCGCGGCGACGACGGAGUGCGUGCCCUUGCCGCGCAGCGCGCGCGCGGCCGCGAGUAUACCGGUGUUGUUGCCCGUCUCCGCGAUCGCCUCGACCUCCGGCGACGCGAAGCCGCGCACGGUGAGCAGCGACACGCGGUUGGAGUGCGUGACGGCCGUCAGCGGCGCGAAAUCCAGCCCGGAGGAAGGGAUGCGCGUGCCGAACACGGCCGGCGAUAAAAAGUUGAUGAACGUCACGUCGUAG